UAAGUCUAUAACUGGAGAUCACAGAGUCUCACUCAGCAGCAAGACAGAAUGGAACUCACACCACUCUGCUGGCAGCUCUUGCUGUUGAGUACACUGGUAUACUGUAGCCUCGGACAAGGUGGAGAUCUCUCUCUUCCAGCCUCUCUGAGUGUCAGUCCUGACAGAUCUCAGUUCUUUGAAUAUGAGUCUGUCUCUCUGAGCUGUGAGGUUCAGGGGAACUCUGCUGGAUGGAGAGUGGUGAGGAACACAUCGAGAAGAAUCCUUUCAGAGUGUGAUACUGACUGGGGAAAACAACAAGGGUCUUCAUGCACCGUGUCACUAAUACCAUCAGACAGUGGAGUGUACUGGUGUGAGUCUGGGUCUGGAGAACACAGCAAUGCUGUCAACAUCACAGUACAUGCUGGAGCUGUGAUCCUGGAGAGCCCUGCCCUUCCUGUGACUGAGGGAGAUUCUGUGACUCUGCGCUGCAGAUAUCAGGGAACUCCCUCUGACCUCACAGCUGUUUUCUACAAAGAUGGAUCCCUCAUCAGGACUGAGACUACAGGAGAGAUGACCAUCCCUGCAGUAUCCAAGUCAGAUGAAGGACUCUACAAGUGUACCAACUCUGAAGGAGAAUCACCAGACAGCAGGAUGACAGUGACAUCUGGUGAGAGACCUGCCCUUCCUGUGACUGAGAGAGAUUCUGUGACAGCUAACGGCUCCACCUCAUCCUCCUCUCUCCUCCUCCCUCUGUCUUUGUCUGGGUUGAUGGCUGCUCUCGCCAUCUCUCUGAUCAUUCUACUGGUCCUGUUCUGCAAGAAGAGGAACAAACAUGUAGCAGCUGAACCCAGAGAUGUUACCUAUGCUGACGUCAGAAUCACACAGGACCCAGAACCCAGGAGGAGAGAGAAGUCUCCAGGAGCUGAUCCAGUCUACUCUGCAGUGAAGACCUCCAACACCACAGUUCCAGGUGGAUCUGGUCCAGGUGAUGUGACCUAUGCUGACAUCAACUAUACAGAGAAGAGACAACACAACAGGAGGAGAGAGAACGUCGUUCCAGACCCUGUCUACUCAGCAGUGAAGACAGACAGACAGAGAUACAGGUAGAGCUGUGUCUGGAUCCAGGGACGUAAUGUACAGACUGAGGUAGGUCCAGAUCACUGUAUCACUAACCCUAUGUUGUGCAUGUUGUGUUAUGAAUGAUGUAGGAUGUUGUGUUUGUUAUGAAUGCUGUAGCUUGUUGUGUUUGUUAUGAAUGCUGUAGCUUGUUGUGUUAUGAAUGAUGUAGCAUGUUGUGUUAUGAAUGAUGUAGUGUGUUGUUAAGU